AUGGCGUCCAAGGGGGCAUCUGUGACGGGAGGUGCUGACGGCAAGGCCGUGGCUACUGGACCGCCGAAUCAAACGCUUUACUGUACCAAUUUACCCGACAAGCUUCGGAAGUAUGAUUUGCGACUAUCACUCUACACCCUCUUCUCCACGUAUGGGACCGUUCUCGACGUCGUGGCCAUGAAAACCCAAAAGAUGCGGGGCCAGGCCCAUGUUGUGUUCAAGGACAUUCAGGCCAGUACCCAGGCAAUGCGUGCGCUUCAGGGGUUUGACUUUUUCGGCAAACAGAUGAAAAUUGUCUAUGCCAAGGGAACUUCUAGUGUCAUGGCCAAACUCCGUGGUACAUAUAUUGCACCCACCGCCGGCGCCGGCCCAACUGGCGUUUCCACCGAUCUCCAAAAGUCCAUUUUCAGCGGUCCUCCGGGCGCAAUUCCCGCACGACCGACCGAGGUCAAUGGAGAAGCGCAUGGAGUGAAACGAGCUCGUGAGGAAGAAAGCGAUGAAGAGGAAGCCCCAAUGGAAGAGGAUAGCGACGUGCCUAUGGAAGCUUCCUCGGACGAGGAUUAA